AUGUCGUCGUCGUGGUUCCCUCCGAAGCAUAUACCCGCCCCAAGCACGAACGGCGACAAUCACCCACUACUACCGAGCCACAAUGGCGGCUCCUUCCAUGACGAGGAGGACGACGACGCUAUUGAGCUUGAGAUGGGGCGGUUUGCAACGAAUGAGCCGCAACCUGGUCUCUUAUCCCGCAUAAGAAACUGGCCCCCGUGGUAUUUCGCCGUAGCCAUCGUUGGAAUGUUGGGACUUUUGUGGCUUUUACGGCCAGCAGCGCGCGAACCACUACAAAUCCCCCCAUCUGUCUAUGUCGACCACUCUGCCGCUUCGCAAGCCAAAGUCGAUAGACUGCUUGCAAGGCAGUCCACAACAUUUGCCCAGGCCGAGGCGCGCUACACGUUGCGGAAUAACCGACCACCUCCAGCUGGAUUCGAUAAAUGGUUCGAAUUUGCGCGAAAGCACUCGUGUCUGGUCGAUGACUACGACCAGAUCUCACGCGACUUUGAGCCAUUCUAUCAGCUAGCCAAGGUCGACCCCAAAUUCUUCAAGAAAAUGGUCGACUCCGGCAUUGCGAGCAUGCAGAAAAAUGGACGGGGCUUCUCUACGGGUGUCUUCAAGGGCGACAAAUUCGACUUGACCAAUGAAGAAGGCACGCUUUACCGUGGAGAUUGGCCACGAACUUUCGGCAGGUUCAUCGAUUUUCUACCCGAUAUGAAUAUCAUCCUUAACGGUCGAGACGAACCACGGUCGCUGUUCAAUUACCGGCAACCCGGUCUGCAAGAGAAGGCUCUCCAAGCCUCUGACAAGACCCCCUUCGAGCAUUCCCCCCACCCAACAUCGACUUACUUCAAAGACGAUGUGCACUGCAUCGUGCCCAACUCACCGAAUGGCUUCACAGGGGCUGCUAACGACGCUAGUGCUUUCAUGCUUUAUGCCUCCAGCGAGGAAUUCACCACUGACCUGUAUCCCAUCAUGAGCAUGACCAAAAUCAGUCCAUGCUUUGCCGAUAUCCUUGUCCCCAGCGAGUUCUACUACUCCGACUCUGGCUGGUCACCGAAGUAUGCCUUUGCCAACAACGUGAACUGGACGGACAAGAUCCCGAAGCUUUAUUGGCGCGGGAUGAACUCGGGCGGACGAAUGUAUGAGAAGAACUACCACGCUUUCCCCCGAUUCCGGCUCAUCGACAUCGCGCGCAAACAACCAGAGCUCUUUGAUGUCAAGAUCUCUGGCUUCCACUGGGACCUUUGCGGCGACAAAUGCGAUGGCAACGCGAUCAUCAAGGAGUACAACAUCGCCAAGGUGUCCUCUCCGCGCGAGGACGUGUACAAGUACAAAUACGUCUUCGAUGUCGACGGCAACUCUUUCUCGGGACGAUACCUGGGGCUGUUGCGGAGCGGAACGUUGGUGUUCAAGUCAACGGUCUUCCUUGAGUACUUCGGCGAUUGGUUACAGCCCUUCGAGCACUACAUCCCCAUCCGUCCAGACCUCUCUGACCUCGUCGACAAGCUCGAGUGGGCGGUUACUCAUGAUGCCGAGGCACAGAGGAUUCAACAAGCGGGGCAGGCGUUUGCCGAGCGCAUAAUGACGAACGAGCAGAACGACUGCUACUUUUCACGUGUGCUGCUUGAAUGGGGCAGGCUGUACACAAUGGCUGAAGCAGCGGGCUCGAAGGGUAGCGACCAUGCGCCGAUUCCUGGUCAGCCAUUGCCUGAGGCGGAUGAUUAG